AUGGCGAAGAAGCAACCAUAUAUCCCUCCCUUGAUCGGGUGGUUGUACGAUCUGGUACUCUGGUCCUUCUCCGUGCUUAUCGACCUCUUCUUUCGAGAGGUCCAUCCGCGUGGAUCAUGGAAGAUUCCCAGGAGAGGCCCCGUCAUCAUUGUCGCCGCGCCUCAUGCGAACCAGUUUGUGGACUCGUUGGUCCUUAUGCGCGUUAUUCGGAGCGAAGCUCACCGUCGUAUCUCCUGGUUGAUCGCGGAAAAGUCGUUCAAGCGUAAAUUCAUCGGAUUGUUGGCUAGAGGAAUUGGAACCGUCCCCGUUGCGAGAGCGAUGGACAACUUGAAACCUGGCGCAGGAACUAUCUAUCUUCCCGACCCCGUCUACCAGCCCACGCUGGUCCGUGGUGUGGGCACCAAUUUCGAGGGCCCUGGCUACGAGGUAGAGGGCACUAUUGCCCUUCCGACCAUCAACGGCACAUCCCAUAGUGCUCCCAUCGCCGAGAUUCGGGGUCCGCAGGAGCUGGUGUUGAAGAAACCAUUCCGGGCCAGGGAUGCGCUCUUCCAGCUCACGGGGAGACAAGACAUCACCGACGAUGGGAAAUUUGAGGACCAGGUGUCCCAGCAAAAUCUUUCUGAUUUCCAGGGUACGAAGUUCAAGGUGGCUCCGCAUGUAGACCAGACUGCUGUCUAUCAAGCGGUGUUCGCGCGAUUGAACGCUGGCGGCUGUGUGGGCAUUUUUCCCGAGGGCGGCAGUCAUGACCGCCCCGAUCUGCUUCCAUUGAAAGCGGGCGUUGCUCUGAUGGCACUUGGUACACUGGCCGAUAACCCUGACUGUGGCUUGAAGAUUGUGCCCUGUGGAAUGAACUAUUUCCAUGCUCACAAGUUCAGAUCCAGGGCUGUCAUCGAAUUUGGCAACCCGAUUGAUAUACCUCGGGAACUGGUUGAUCAAUUCAAACAGGGUGAACGUCGUGAGUCUGUUGGCACGCUACUGAACACAAUCUACCAGAGCCUCCUCGCGGUGACGGUUAAUACGCCAGAUUAUGACACCUUGAUGGUGAUUCAAGCGGCCCGCCGUCUGUAUAAUACCAAGGGCAAGAAGCUUCCCUUGCCGAUGGUGGUUGAGCUCAACCGCCGCUUGGUGAAGGGCUACACCCAUUUUAAGGACGACCCUCGUAUUGUGCACCUGCGCAAGUCCAUUACAGAUUACAACAAACAGUUGAGCCUUCUCGGUAUCCGGGACCACCAGGUGGACUACGCCAAGUUUUCCUUCGUUCAGGUCAUUGCUACGCUGAUCUACCGCCUGGUCAAGCUGGCUCUCCUGGCCAUCGGGACCCUGCCGGGCUUUCUCCUUUUCACGCCCGUGUUCAUCGUUACCAAGACUAUCUCCAUCAAAAAGUCGAGGGAAGCCCUGGCGGCCUCAACGGUCAAACUCCAAGGCCGCGACGUGAUGGCAACGUGGAAGCUGCUGGUUGCCCUGGCAUUUGCCCCCGCGCUGUAUGCCUUGUACACAGCUCUCUUCACGUACUGGACCUAUCGCAACCGCAUCAACGGCUACGUCCCUGACUGGGUGCCGCUCUGGCUGAUAGUUCCGAUCGGAAUGGGGCUGUUCCCAACCAUCACGUUCGCUGCUCUCCGAAUCGGAGAGGUUGGUAUGGACAUCAUCAAAUCUCUCCGCCCUCUCCUGUUGUCUUUGAACCCUUCUUCGGCCAACUCCCUGGUUGCCCUGCGAAAGAGACGCGCCGAACUCGCACAGCAAGUGACCGAUGCCAUCAACACCCUGGGUCCGGAAUUAUUCCCUGACUUUGACGCUGCCCGCAUCGUCACCGACCCCUUCCGCGAGACCCCUGACACGCACAAGCCCGCCGAGAAGACAGAGGAGAGGCCCCAGGGACCCCCGGAGACCGCUAGGCCGCACAUGGCCCUGGCGGAACUGCGAGAAGGCUCGGCCUACCAAGAACCUCUACCCCGGAACGAGUCCUUCCACAACCUUGCAAACAUUGGCUUCUUCUCCACCCGGCCCCCUAGUCGCAGCCAGAGCCGCAGCAGCUCCAUCGGUCGACCGGGCUCCUCGCACCAGCUGAAGCCCUUCAGUUCGCUCUCCUCCAAGGACGGGCUAGAAAGAGUGAGCUCCAAGAUCCGUGAUGCGAUGCGUGAGCGUGGAGAGCGCCGCCGCCGACGCAGCGAAGACAGCAGUUGGGACAUGGCUAGCUCAGAGCCCGAAACGCCCUCGAGCGAAGAGAACCGAAAGGACCUCUAA